GGAAAUCACCACCACACAGACAGGAAGCCAACACACACACACAUACACACACACACACACACACACACUCACAAUCAAAUGAAGGUGCCCUUACGCUAACUCCUGAAUCCAUUUGUGUGUGCGUGUGUGUGUGUGAUGUGCGUGUGGGCGGGCGUGCAGACAUGAUUUCAUUUGAGAGAGCCUCGGCUGGAGAAUGAGAAUGAGAAAAAGGAGGAGGAGAAGGAGAGUUGGAGGCGACGGCGUGUCAGUGCAUCAGUGGACGAGGACGAGUCACCGCAAGCUGUGUGGGAAUCCAACCGACAACCUGACGCUAUUUGACCUUCUUCUUCAUCUCAACACAACACGUGCGUCUCCAUGGCAACGCGUGUGUGCGUACUACUGAGCAUGUGCGUGUUUGUGUGCGCGGCGUCUAAUGUGGACACGUCCUUCCCGCUGUUGAAGACGGGCGCAGACGGAAGUCUGUUUGGACUCUCCGUCGCUUUGCAUCCUGACCUCAAGACAGACCAGUACCUACUAUUGGUCGGCGCUCCCAGAGAGAAGGCAGAGCCUAAUGUUCCGGCCAAUCACACAGGGGGCGUGUAUAGCUGCCCAAUCACUGCCGACCAAUCAGACUGCAGCAGGAUAUUGCUCAUCAACCCAGACUUGAAGGCGUCUGAGGACCUGGUUGAGGACAUGUGGCUGGGUGUGUCGCUGGCCAGUCAGGGGCGUCCUGGGGGGCGGGUCCUGGUGUGCGGUCAUCGCUUCACGAAGGUUUACGGAGCGUCCAAACUGAGACACAUGAUCGGUCGCUGUUAUCUCCGUGGCAACGACCUACAGUACGACGACACAGACAUUCACUGGCAGAACCCCGACCAGAUCUGCAGUCACCUGGGUGACGUCAGUGGAGAGGUCAUGUGUAACAUGGGAAUUUCUGCCGCCAUCACUCAAAGCGAGGUCAUCGUGGGCUCGCCCGGAAGUUACGAAUGGCAAGGAAACGUCCAUGUCUCCUGGAUGAAUCCACAUCUUCUGUUCGAUACCAGAAGGAGCUCCUUGAGCAACCUGCAGCGCAGAAACAUCUACAUAGGGUAUUCAGUCAGUCAGGCUCGUGCUCUUCUCUCUCAGGAUGAUGACACCAUUGUGACAGGAGCGCCUAAAGACACCAAAGAGGACGCUCGUGGUUCUGUACUGCUGGUGCUCAAACAGUCAGGCUCGCUGACAAUUGGACAGACGCUACGAGGAGAACAGACAGGUUCCUACUUUGGCAAUGCCGUGGUGGCCUCUGACCUCAACAAUGACGGGUGGAGUGACCUGCUGGUGGGCGCUCCGUUCUACUUCCAUCGGCAGCACGAAGUGGGUGGGGCAGUUUACGUCUACACAAAUGCAGGAGGGCGCUUUGACUCCAGACCUACCCUGGUGCUGAAGGGACCGGCCGGUUCGGCCUUUGGAAUGUCACUCGCCUCCGCCGGAGACCUGAACCAAGAUGGCUUCCAGGACUUUGCAGUCGGAGCGCCGUUCCAUGGAACAGGAAGCGUGAUGAUCUUCAGCGGGAGCAGAGACGGCGUGCCUACGGAGCCGAGUCAGGUGAUCACAGGAAGCAGCGUGUCUCCUCGCUUCACAACCUUUGGAUUCUCCCUGUCUGCGGGACUCGACGUAGAUGGGAACAAAUAUCCCGACCUACUGGUGGGAUCUUUGGACGACACCGUCGCACUGCUCAGGUCUCGUGCAGUCAUCCACCUCAAUAAAACCCUAAGAGUGACUCCAAAUGUCGUGGAGCCAAACAGCUGUAACUUCUGUGUUCAGGUGGAAGUGUGUUUCUCCGUCAUGUUGAACACCGUCACGUUGAACCCAAACAUUAACGUCCACUUCUCCGUCGCCGCUGAUGUCACCAGCCUCAAGCCCCGCCUCCGUUUCUACGAGAGCGGACAGAGCGUGUACUCAGGCUUCACGCUGGUGCCGAGACGUCGGUGUAAAACGUUGAAAGUUGGACUUCUGAGUCCAAUCCGAGACAAAGUGGAACCUCUGGUCUUCUCACUGAACGCAUCUCUGUACCACAAGCUGCCCAAGAAACAAGACGUUGUCCAGGACCUGAGGUCCUUCCCGGUGUUGAGCCAGAUCCCCCAGCCGAUCAGGACGCAGGUCCACAUCCAGAAGGCGUGUGGUUCUGAUAACCGUUGCCACAGCAACCUGCAAAUGACAGCCCAGUUCACAGAUGUGCACCAGAACCCACUGUCCAUGUGGGCAGGUCGUCAGGUCUGGUUCUAUCACGGCAGCGUAGAGCGACUGCUUCUGCAGGUCAACGUCAGCAACGUACCAUCACCACGGCGACCAGCAGAGGACGCUCACAACACUGUUUUGAAUAUUAGCGUCCCGCAGUCGCUGGUCUACUCUGGAGUCCGAACUAAGGUUGGGCCCCAGGAAGUCCAGUGCAGUGCAGUUAGCUCCGCUGUUCUGUGCGAGCUGGGAAACCCAUUCAAAAGCAACUGGACGGUUCAAGUGUGGAUCAUAUUCCAGCCUUCCCAGAUCACUUCAGACACCACAGAGAUCCAGACAGUGCUGCAGAUGUCCACGCUCAGCGAACAGACAGACUUGUCUCCAGUCUUGGUCUCCAUGACGGUCAACUACUCGCUGGACAUGUCCCUCGCUUUGAGCCACCAGCCAGGCCCCACCUUCUUCAGUGGUCACGUAGUCGGCGAGUCAGCAAUGAGGACGACCGAGGACGUUGGCACUCCGCUCGUAUUCACCUUGCAGGUCCAUGUGGGCGGGAGGCCACUCGGUCGCCUGGGUAACCUGGAGCUUGCAUUCGAUUGGCCGAGUGAGCUGUCUAACGGGAAGCGGCUACUCUACCUGACAGAGAUCGUGGUGAACGGCACCUCAGAACCUCAAUGUGUUCCGUCGGGCAACGUUAUUAACCCCCUCUACUUGACGUUAUCUGAAGACGAGAGGGGGAGGAGGGAGAGGCGGAGUCCAGAGGAGGAAGUGAAGGAAGAGUGGUCAGAAGAGAGUCCACCUGUCCCUCACCUGCAGGCUCAGGAGGAGAAGUCUUACGUGUUGGACUGCGUGCACGGGGCCAAGUGCGUCCACUUCGUUUGUCCACUGGUCCACAUCAACAACAGCGCGUCAGUGAUGCUGCGAGCCCGACUGUGGAACUCCACCAUGUUAGAGCACUUCACGGAUGCCAGGAAGGUGCUGCUUCGAGGCCACGCCACCCUCAGGCUGCACACGGGAAGAGCUGACACCAGCAUGGAUGCCCCCAGCACAGAGAUGGUCGUCCAUGUUUACCCGGACCUCAAGCAACUGGUGGACACCAGCGCCCCCCUGUGGGUCAUUCUGAUGUCAGCUCUGGUUGGAGUAGUGCUGCUGGCUCUGAUCUGCCUGCUACUGAGGGAGUGUGGCUUCUUCACACGGCGUAUGGUGGUGCAGCACCAGGGGAGGAUUGUUCACAAAGAGCUGCAAGAACACCAAGACGCCAUCUGCACAAAGACCACGCCCAAACAUUGGGUCACCUGGACCGCCGUGCACUGACGCCGCUCGUCUCCAUGGCAAUACCUUACCAAAGCAGAGCGUGCUAUUAUGUGCUUCCUGUAUUUCCUUCAGGGAGCAGCAGAGGCCGCUGUUGCAUUAAAGAUGUGUUGUGCAGCUAGCCAGCAGUGACUUCACCUGUACCGACGCCUGUCAAUUACCACUUGGUUGACAAACACCUGAGAAUUCAAUUAAUCUGGCCAACAUCUAGUAGAGCAAACCAAACAACAGAAAAGUCAACUUGUCUUGUUAACCGAGGAAAAGGCUUCUUGAGACGUCAUCUGUACUUCUGUGUAGAAGGUGUCGGACGUUUCGCUCCUCAUCCGAAGAGCUUCGUCAGCAAACUAAUAAGUGCUGGUAGCUUAGGCCUUAAAUACAGUAAGAGUGGGCGGAAUUGGUGUGCCAACACCCUCCUCCUAUUGGUUCGUUACACUAAGCCUGGGCGGAGCAGUGGUAUAAUCCUAUCCUGUUAUUCACACCUACGAUAAAAGGGAAGUGUCGCUCCCUGAAUUGGGUAUGAACGACUCUGAUACUGGCUUGUUAGCAUCUAUUGUUCUGGCUCGGCCCUGCCUUCACCUCAUUUGCAAGACUAAGAGCUGUGGGUUUUGGUCUCAGUAACCUGCUGAACACAGGGUCCAAAUUGAACCUCAAACCAC